AUGGAACAACAGCUUGAUAAGAAGCAUAAACUGGCUCUUGAUGAAGAAGUGGACAAGGCUGAGGUGUUCUGCGUUGAUAAAUUGAAAGAGACUGUAAACAAAUUCUUACCCUGCUGCUGCAAGCGUCAGAGGAAUUUGGAAUCUAACAGACGGGAGUCGGAGGACCCACAGGGUUUUAUAAUGCAUCUUGAAGGGGAGGAUGAUUUAGUCCAUCUGAUCAUGGAAAGUGGCCAGCAAGACACGGAGAAAUGGAUUGAAAGGGGCAGGAACAAUAAACCUACUGAUUUGAUUAACCUUUUAAAAUCAAAUUUAUCAGAAGGUUUCAAUGGCGUGGCUGAGUUUGAUAGCAGCCAGAUUCCCCCAAUUGGAGAGAAGCCUCCAAACUGCUGGGCUCUGCCUGUGGUUACCCUCACAAGCAUCGCUGUCGCACUUCGCUACAUUGAUGAAAAUACAAUCAGAUCGUUACGGCAAGCUGUAAGUGAAGACCUCAGGUAUGUAAGGCUCAUAGAAGCGAACCUGGAUGCCAAUGAGUCAAGUAGAAUAAAUGACGCAACAGAUAUAGUCUGGCGUGGCACUGAUGUUUAUGAUCGUUGGCUCGACAAGGAUCUCCACAAAUUGGUCACUGAAGAAAAAUAUGCAGCGAAGAUAAUUAGAAGACUUUCUGAGAUAGCAAAGGAAAGUUCGAAAUUUCACAGAUGGGCGUGUCCGAGAGACAGGACCCGGAUCGGUGAGACUAUUCUACAGGACUAUGAAGACAAGUUUGGGACUGUUGACAAGUUGUUCCAAUGGUUAAGAAAAACCAUUGCUAAUAUAUUGGGUGCUUACCUUACCAACCUGCCUCGUGUGAUAUCCAUGGAAUGCUUUUGUGGCGUCAUUGAAGUGAGGGAAGACUGUGUUAGGGAUGUUGCCUAUCUUCUUGGUGAAGCUGAAACUAUUCUGGUAAUUUUAGGAGAGCAUAUGUUCCCAGAUUUGGACCCUGAUCAGAUGGCAAAUAUUGAUGAAUGGCGUUUCAGCAAGCUGAGAAAACCAUGUCUCCUUUCUCUUGCUGAUAAUGUCUAG